GAUCAUGCCAUUCUCCGCACACAAAUCGAUGAGCUGACACUGGAGCUCACGCAGUUGGCCAAGUUCAACUCUCUGUCAUACACUGCGUUGCUUAAGAUCGUACAGAAACACGACAAACUGACACCGUUCCGCAUGAAGGAGACCUUCCUGACACUCAUGCAGAGGAAGGAAACGGAAUACGACACGUUUGAUGACUUUGUCGUGGCUCUGGGUAUACUCUACGCUCAGGUCACUCCGCGUGAGAAGUACCGUGAGCAGCAUGAGAUGGAGCCCGAAGGCUGGAUCAACUGGAGUGCUAAGGUAGCCAUCGAUGCCGCCCAAAGAACUGGGAUGACCCCUGUGGAAGAACCGCCAGCGCAAUUACCUGAGAGCACCACUACGACCACGUACUGGGUGCGCCCUGAGAAUGUGACUGAGGUAUACCGUAAAAUACAUAAUAUUUGGUUAUAA